UAUUCUUUUGUGAUGCGCUUAUACUUUUUCAACCUGUAAUGGUUGGCCCUGAACAAAUACUUCCUGUGCCCAUGCCUUUUCAACCUGUGAUGAUUAAUUCUGAACCAAUGCUCAUACUCGUGCUUUUCUUACUGGCUUUGUUUAGUGAAGCUGUGCCUUCUUUGAUCGAUCCUAAUCGUAAUUGCAUGAUUGAUCAAAUUAUUUGA